AUGUCGCAGAAGGUAGUCGUGGUCGGAGCUGGGCCAGUAGGCUCGCUGGCUGCACUCUAUGCGGCUGUGCGUGGAUUUGAGGUUGAGGUCUACGAACUCAGAGCAGAUCUCCGAGACCCUAACACCACACCAUUAAACUUUUCCAAGUCUAUCAACCUUGCUCUCUCCGAGCGAGGCAUCCACUCUCUUCGCAAGACCGGACUAUCCGACCUUGCCGAUGCAGUGUUAGCAGAGACAUUCCCCAUGCAUGGUCGCAUGAUCCAUAUACGGAAAAACGGAGAGUAUGUUCGACAGCCACAGAUAUACGAUGCGAGAGGACGGAGCUUGCUGGCCAUGGACCGAACGGGUCUGAACAAGACAUUACUCGACCAUCUAGAGGCCAUGCCUAAUGUCAAACUCAUGUUCAACCACAAAUUGGUCGGUGCAGACUUUCGAAAGAAGACUGCAUGGUUCGAGCAUCGAACCAAGUCUGCUGAAGAGCAGGGCGACGAGUUCGAGAUCAACUUCGACCUUAUGAUUGGUGCUGACGGUGCACACUCCGCCGUGCGGUAUCACUUGAUGAAGUUCGUUCCUAUGUCGUUUCAGCAAGAGUACAUCGACAAACUCUGGUGUCAAUUCCACGUCCCACCUGCACCCAACGGCGACUUCCGGAUACCUCCAAACUACCUACACAUCUGGCCUCAAGAUGAGUCUAUGUUCAUCGCGCUUCCAAACCUUGACAAGACGUUCACAUCCACGCUGUUCUUGACCAGAGAAGGCUUCGAGCAGUUGGAUGCAUCUGGCAAAGUCGUCGAGUACUUCGAUGAGAAGUUUCCAGGAGUAGUGCCAGACCUUAUCACCGAAGACGACCUCCGCAAGCAGUACGCGUCCAACCAACACCUACCUUUGAUCUCUAUCAAAUGCACACCAUACCACUACGAAGACUCUGGUGUCAUUGUGGGAGAUGCUGCCCAUGCUAUGGUACCAUUCUACGGCCAAGGAAUGAACGCUGGACUGGAAGAUGUUCGCGUUCUGUUUGACUUCAUUGACAAGUAUCCUAACGAUAGAUUGAAGGCGCUCGGUGAGUACACGAAAGAGCGUACCCCUGAUGCAUACUCAAUCAACGAUCUUGCCAUGGGCAAUUAUCGUGAGAUGGCAAGCGACGUCAAGAAGCCGCUAUACCUAUUGCGAAAGUGGGUAGAAGAGCAGCUCUACCUCUACGUCCCGAGCGCUGGCUGGGCCACCCAGUAUUCGAGGGUCACGUUUAGCAACUUGCGAUACUCCGAGGUUAUUCAAGCAUCACAAAGACAGGCCAAGAUACUGCACGGCAUGGUUGGUUUGGCGCUUGCUUCUGUCGCAGGUGCCGCGUUCUGGUUCACGAGAUCCGGAGGCGCACAACAGGCAAAGAUGAGUAUCCUCAGGUCAAUUUGCGUAGUUGCGCAAAAAUUGCAGAAGCUCACGGAAGGUUGA